UGUUCCAUUUACAGUUUUUUUUUUUUACUUUGAAGAGUAUUUUAUUCAUUGCAUAAAUUACAAAAAAGAACAUUUAAGGUCGCUGAUGUCGUUAUUAACUCAUCAUUCGGCUACGUGGCGCUGCUGUCGCCUGUCAUCUGACAUUUGUUUUGAUUCUUAAUCACAUUCCCCAAUACGCUUCUAAAAUUAAAGUGAUUAUAAGUUACAAUAUCUACUUAUGUUUCAUGAUAACGAAGAGAAAAGACAUAUUAUUAUAUAAUACGACAUAAUGUCAACUUUCAAAAAAUUCAAUGUGUGCUGUAAUCCAUUUAACUUAAAUAAUCACGUAGUGAAGAACUCUUUGAGGUUAGCGUCUAUAAAUUUACAACUGAAGUUCAAUAUUGAUAGUGCCGAUUAUCUAUGUACAGCUUGUCGGAAAAAAUUGAAUCUUAGUUUAAAUGAAGAAAAAACAGAAGAACAAGACAACGGAAAAACAAUAUCUGCAAGUAGUAGUGACGAUGCUACUUCUGAUAUUGAGGAGAUAGAUGCAGUUGGAGAACUUCUCGACCGAACUUUGUCAGGUAUAUUUUUGAAAAUAAUUCUUCUGCUUAUCAAUUAACUUUGUAAAUAACCGAUUUGGCAUUUUUUGAAAUGAGAUUUGCACUGUUUAUUUUUUUAGGAAUAACUUCAUUAUCCAGUCCAUCGACAUUUUGGAGUAGUAGUCAUUCUCAACUGAGUAUCAAUACACAAUUACCUGUCAUCAACAAUGCCUUCCAAUUUUUAAAUCAGUCUCCUAUCGAUAAUGAAAAUUUAAGUAAUCAGAAAUAUUUAGAACAAAAGAUUCUUAACGUAAAUACGUAUUUGUCAACUGUCUUUGGCUUAGAACAAAAAACUGAUGAUCAAAUACUCGCGCAAGAAUUUUUAGACACGAUUGAACACUUAAAAAAAAAAAUUUCACGAUAAAGAGAUAACUCAAAAAGAAAAAAUUCAAAUUCUCACUUUAUUGCCACCAGAUUGGAGCGUUUAUAAAGUUUGUAAUAUUAUGGAAGCAACAAAGGAUAUUGUCAAAGUCUGGAAGUCUCUGAGAGAACGACGUGGAAUAUUAUCAUUACCAGAUUCAAAACCAGGCCGACCUCUAUCUGAAGAUGUUAAAUCAAAGGUAUUGAAGUUCUAUGUUGAUGAUGAAACGAGUAUUAAUAUGCCAGGCAUGAAAGACUUCGUUUCUGUUAGAAACAAUGAAGGCGUACGUGAGCACAUUCAAAAAAGGCUUAUUUUAUCAAAUUUAAAAGAGUUAUAUGAGCUAUUUAAAUUGGAGUAUCCUGACUGUAAAGUUGGAUUUUCCAUGUUUGCAUCAUUGCGCCCUAAGUAUUGUGUACUAGCAGGAUCCGGUGAUACACAUACUGUGUGUGUAUGUUCAAUCCACCAAAACGUAAAACUCAUGAUACUAGGUUCCAAUUUACGAAAAUUGACAAGUGAUCUUCCGUCACCUUUAAUUGAAUAUAAUGAUUGUUUAAAAAUGAUUGUUUUUCAGAAUUCAUCUUUAGAGUGCUAUUUUGGCAAGUGUAAAAACUGUCCAGGAAUCGAUGUACUCGAAAAUUUUUUGAACGAGAUUUUUGAAGAAAAUAAUAUCGAUGAAUUGACGUAUCAAUGUUGGAUUUCAAAACCGCGGACAACGCUUGAAACUUUAACGGUAGUUUCAUCAGAAUUCAUCAGUGACUUUUGCGAAAAAAUUACGGAACUUUUGCCUCAUUAUUUUAUUGCGAAAUCGCAAGCAAGAUUCAUGAAAUCUCUUAAAGAGUCUCUUGGAACCGAUGAAUUUCUUGUAGUUUGUGAUUUUGCGUAGAACUACAAAUUUGUCAUCCAAAAUGCAGUGCCAGGAUUCCAUUGGAAUAAUGAUCAAUCGACAGUAUUUCCAGUGGUAAUUUAUUUUAAGAAAAAUAAUGAAUUAUUGCACAGAAGUUUAGUGAUUAUAUCUGAUUGUAACACGCAUGACUCGACUGCAGUUAACGUCUUUUUGAAAAUCGUUACUGAUUUUAUAAAGUCCUUGUCCAAUACAGCUAAAAAGAUAUUCUACAUUUCCGAUGGAGCUCCGCAACAAUUUAAGAAUUACAAAAACUUUGUUAAUUUAUAUUAUCACAAGGAAGAUUUUGGAAUAAAUGCUGAAUGGCAUUUCUUUGCCAGCUACCAUGGCAAAGGACCUUGUGACGGUGUAGGAGGAACACUAAAAAGAGGUGCAGCAAGAGCUAGUCUUCAGUUACCAUUCGAUAAACAAAUUUCAAACCCCCGAGAGUUGUAUCAAUGGGCUGCGCAAUCUAAUAACUUGCCAAAAAUCGAAGUAAGAUAUUCAACUAUUGCAGAUUAUGAAAAAGCUACAGAGAAUUUAAAUAUACGUUAUUCAAAAGCUCAAACUAUCACAGGUACACAAAAGUAUCAUUGCGUUAUACCAAAUACAGAUGGAUCACUCACAAUAAAACUGAUUUCUUGCUCAAAUAAAACUUAUUCUUGUAAAAUAUUCAAACGCCAGAAAAAAUAAAAAAAACCUUUAAAAAGUUAUAAAUAAAAUUUACCUUAGAGAUUGAAAUUUUGACUUCAAUUAUUUAUUAUAUUGAUGUAUGAUUUUUUUCGAAUCUCAUCUAAUAAAGCCGCCAGUCAUACACAAAUAGUGAAAAAAAAAACAGAAAAAAAAAUAAUUAAUUUAAAAAUUAAAAAAAAAUUAUAACCCAUUAUUAUCCCAUUACGAGACUAGGCUUAAAAUUUGUGUUUUGAAGAGUAGAAUUUUUGAGAAUU